UGUCAUCACUUGUUUGAAACUACAUAAUACCUCGGUUUACGGAGGUUUGUUUUGAAUAUAUCGAUUUGUGCCUGACUUAGAGCAAUAUUAUAUUUAGGCUAAAUAGAAUUCACAUAGCUGGUAGUUUUGAAGCAACUCCAUUUCCCAUCAGCCAUGUGGGGCGCCUCAAUUUUCCUUUUUUCUUGGUUUGCAGCUGGAUCAGAUGGAUAAACGUGCGACUGCACAGCAGUAACAGUUUCAUGGGAUAAAUUCGGGGAUUUUAUUUGGGUUUUCUUUAAAAACGCUGGAUUAAGAACCUGAUUUUUCAUACAAGUUUCUACAUUAAAGUAUUUUGUUUUCUUCUUUUCAAAUGUUUAUGUUCUUCUGUAAGUCUAAACUACAAAGAAGUUGGAUUAAAAAAAUUGAAAACAUCAAUUUGGGGAGCUUUUUCGCUUAAAAUCCCGUAUCUAGUCACCCGGACAGACAGGAGUGUUUGGACUGAAGCUGUGUGAGCGCAGCAUCAGACUGUGGGUUUAUAGUUGGACAGACGAACCCUCCGGUGCCAACGCCUUUUCCCUUUCUCCGCUUUUCCUCGUCUGGGAAACUUCUGCUCACACCGACCCAAGGGCUGUUUGACGGCGUUUCCCUUCAACUCAUGAGCUGCUGAAACUACAAUCCGACACUAAAGAAGUUGUUUGAGAGUGAAAAUGGGCUGCACGAUCAGCGCCGAGGACAAAGCUGCGGUGGAGAGGAGUAAAAUGAUUGAUAAAAACCUGCGGGACGACCGAGAGAAAUCCUCUAGAGAAGUGAAACUGCUUCUGCUCGGUGCUGGGGAAUCUGGGAAAAGCACAAUAGUAAAGCAGAUGAAAAUCAUUCAUGAAGAUGGCUACUCAGAAGAGGAAUGCCAGCAGUACAGAGUGGUGGUGUACAGCAACACCAUCCAGUCCAUCAUGGCCAUCAUCAGGGCAAUGAGCCGGUUAAAGAUAGAUUUUGCGGAUGCUGCACGGGCGGACGAUGCCCGCCAGCUGUUUGCCCUGGCGAGCUCAGCGGAGGAAGGGGUGAUGUCGGCAGAGCUGACGAGCGUGAUUAAGAGGCUGUGGAGCGAUGGAGGAGCUCAGGCAUGCUUCGAUCGAUCACGAGAGUAUCAGCUCAACGACUCUGCUGCAUACUACCUGAAUGACUUGGACAGGAUCUGUCAGCCGAACUACAUCCCGUCUCAGCAGGAUGUGCUACGUACACGUGUAAAGACCACUGGCAUCGUGGAAACUCAUUUCACCUUCAAAGAUCUCUACUUCAAGAUGUUUGAUGUCGGGGGUCAGCGCUCGGAGAGGAAGAAGUGGAUCCAUUGUUUUGAGGGAGUCACAAGUAUCAUUUUCUGCGUUGCGCUCAGUGACUACGACCUCGUCUUGGCUGAGGAUGAGGAGAUGAACCGGAUGCAUGAGAGCAUGAAGCUUUUCGACUCCAUCUGCAACAACAAGUGGUUCACGCUCACCUCCAUCAUCCUCUUCCUCAACAAGAAGGACUUGUUUGAAGAGAAGAUCAACAGGAGUCCGCUCACUAUCUGCUACCCCGAAUACUCUGGUGGGCACUCAUAUGAAGAGACUGCAGCUUAUAUCCAGUGCCAGUUUGAAGACUUAAAUAAACGAAAGGACACCAAGGAGGUCUACACCCACUUCACUUGUGCCACAGACACCAAGAAUGUGCAGUUUGUGUUCGACGCUGUCACCGACAUCAUCAUCAAGAUCAACUUGACGGAGAUCGGGCUCUACUAAAGCUUCAGGCCCUGCAGGUGUCAGGAUCAGGAUUUCUGGCCUAGUAUGUCUUGUCUGCAGAGGGCGAAUUGGAAAGUAGGUGUUAAUAAGGACUGAGCUGGUGGCCGUGCUGCAUGCAGGACCUAAAUUCCACAAUAUGGGGACUUGAUUCUAUGAUCACUUUUGUCUUAAUAGAUUUUAUGAUGCAGAGCAUACUGGGAGGAAGUGAUAAGUCGGGGAGGCUUGUGAAAUGAUCACUGUGAGUUCUGUGGAGUCUUGUCAUAUUUAAGACCUUUGCAUCACUCGGGCUGGCAGGUAAAGCCCCUCUGAUGUUGCUGACACAUUUAUAGUUUGUCUGUCAUAUGUACAAGGACCAAAAUAGACUGUCUGUCUAUCAGAUCCAUUACUGCAUUUCACAGUUUCACAGCUGAUAUGUAAAUUCUGUUCACUUUUAAUGUGCUGCAUCUUCUCUUAGCUUAAGUCUGUAUCACAUCGCUUUUAUUGAAUAUUUGCAAUUGUUAUAUUUUAUUUUAAUUUUGAGUUGCAAUUAUAUAGUAAUUCCACUUUUUGGAUGUGUGGAUUCCAUAACUUAUCUAUGGAGAAUUGUUUAGUGUGAGCAGUUUUGAUGAAUAUAAUGUAACCUUUUGGGUCUGGGAUUAGUUAGCGGGAGUGUAAUGAACUCAGUAGCAACACUGCUGUCUACAUAGUUACUUUAACUAUUAACUAGACAGCAUUGUAUUGAACAAUAUUUUUAUACAUGAAACAUCACUGCAAAUCAAUUUGUGAACGGAGAUCUUGAUUUCCCUGUGUUUUUUUUCCAUAGGAAUUUUGAAUAAGACUAAUAUUAUUCACUCAGUUGAGGUCAAUAUAGAAUAUCCUUUUUUUAAGGUAAUUUUUUAAAUCCUAUGGAUAUCAGUGAAGAUGUAUAAACACAUUAAACAUAAAUAGUGGGAUAGUUUGAUAAAGCCAAAGUGUUUUUUGGCCCUAGCCAUCACAUAAUACUAAUGAAGUCUGUUGCUUAUAUAUACUGUAGUGGAGCACAGUUUGGGUUAGUUCAGUCACUUCCUGCAUAGAGAAGUCAUGGUAGAAAAUGUUCCUGAAAAUUUGUGUCUAGCUUUCUUUAUAUUUCUGCAGUUGUAUUGGUUAAUUUUAACAUCAUUAAAUGAUGGCACACA